GUGGAUUUGGUGCGAAUAGACACAGCGUUUAUUUUUUGAAAUGGGUCGAGGAGCGAGAAAAAGAAAAUUCGACAAUGACGACGAAACGGAAUAUGAUCCGACUCCAAAACACUUGCAAACUGGUCACAUUGCAAAGCAAGAAAAGCGACUAAUUGUUAUCCUGGAGAACGCGCAAAUCGAGUCGGUUAAGGUUGGAAAUACCUUUGAGUUACUGAAUUGCGACGACCAUGUACAAUUGCUGAAGAAAAGUAACAGGGAACCAGGUAGCAGUCGACCUGACAUUACGCAUCAGUGCCUCCUCAUGCUCAUGGACAGUCCCUUGAAUAGAGCAGGUCUUUUGCAAGUUUAUAUUCACACAGAGAAAAAUGUAUUGAUUGAAAUAAAUCCACAGACGAGGAUACCAAGGACUUUUAAGCGUUUUGCGGGAUUAAUGGUGCAACUUUUACACAAGUACAGUGUAAAAGCUUCCGAGUCAUCUUUAAAGUUGUUAAAAGUUAUCAAGAAUCCAGUAACAGAUCAUUUGCCAGUUGGAUGUAAGAAAAUUGGCAUGUCAUUUAGUGCAAAGGCUGUGGUACAUCCAAGAGAUCUUGUACCAACUGAUGAAGAACCUAUUGCUGUGGUUAUUGGUGCAAUGGCUCGUGGUCAAGUCAAAGCUGACUACAUAGAGGACUCAUAUUCAAUUAGUAAUUACCCUCUUUCUGCAGCUAUAACAUGCACUAAAUUAUGCUCAGCAUUUGAAGAAAAGUGGGGCGUGAUAUGAUUAUUCACAAAAUAUUACUGCAAAUCUGA